UAUCUACGCUUGGAUACAUUCUCUUCUCUGUAUAUCUACUUACAACAAUCAGCUGAAUCACCUAAAAUUUUUAACCUCGCCGCCAUAUUUGACAGCAUUAAAUGACGCACAAAAGUCACAGCUAGUAGCGGUGAAUGACGGCCGGCCGCGGCGGCGUUUAGAAGUGCAUAUGAUGCGAGCUGUGCUUAAUUUGACUCCAACUGACGUCAAACAAACAAACCAACGAACAAAAAUUAAUGCAACUCCCCUCCUCAUAAUAAGCGCUGGACAGCGACCGAGUAGUGGGUGUCAUUUGGAAACAGCGGACAGCGGUAGUGCUAUUCAGAUAUCAAAUGAGGGCUGCUGAUGAUGAUGAUGUGUGAAGUGAAGCAUUAACAUCAAAAAACACAAGUUAACGUAUCUUAUCUCCGGGAAAGUUGUUGAGCAAUAUACAAUUUUCAGAAACUCUUUAUCACAGUUUAGUCGGUUGGGAUGGGGUCGAUCGGUCGCGGUGUACGGUGGGUACUCGGUAAACUUCUCGCAGUGUUUACAGUAAUAUUAUAAAUGUAUGUGCGAUGUACCUGCUCUGACGUUAGUUGUGGGUAAUGAUAACCAAAACAAUAAAAAAAAAAGUUUCUCGUAAUCAGCACGCAAACGAUAAAAGAACACUCCGAUACGCCGCCGGCUGCCGCACCAUUGCCGCCGCUUGUAUCGCACUAAUACCAAAACGAGGGAACAAGCAAAAUAAAUGGACGAGUACCAAAGAACCGAAAGCUAGUUGUCAUCUAGAUGUUGAAACGUCCACAUCGUCAAUGUUCACAGUUAAUUCGCCUCACUUGCAAAUUUGUCUGUCAUUUCCGGCUUAUAAUCAGACUUUUUUGAGCGGAGAAACCCUAACGUGAUUUGGAUAAAACGCUCGCAACAGGAUACCAGAGCCACUUAACACAUCAAUCACGAUUACUUAACUACAAUUAAAACAAAAAAAAUGUAUACAAAAAUCGAACCAAACAACAAACCUCAAAGUACAAACAUUAUGGACUCCUGUGAGAUUUUGUCAAAGGACCUUGAAAAAAAGCUCAUUUUGAAGAGAAACUCCCACGACUUCGAAAUGAUGUCGCCAUCGGAAGAAGAAAUCAUGAGAUGUCUGCGGACUUCAAAGGCCAGAUUGGAAAGCAUCGAUUCCGUCCUUGGACUCGACGGCAGCUGUGGCGGGGACUCCAGCACCAUGGAUGCACAUCAACAGCCAUCAACGGCCAAGGGUCGUCGCCUGACACUCACAAUCACAGAUCUACCUCUACGCCCUGCCUUAUUGCCCAUCGCUGAACCAAACAACCUCCUAGACUCACCCACUACCGAAGUUCACAUUAGCCCAGUUCCUAACGUUUCCAGCAGAUUGCUGCUCGAAGAAAAUGUCGUCGAGAUACCCGAGGAUCGUUUCCUGUCCAGUUCCCGCCGACAAUCGGCACAGAGUUGCCUCAGCGACUAUCAAAGCAGCGAAGGUGGUGGAGUUGUUCGCUUCGUACGGACACCUUCAGUGGUCGUUUCGGACUACUCAGACGACACUACCACCAUGUGCGGAAUUAGCCAAGAGGAGAUCGAGUAUUUCCGGGCACAACGAUUGCGCCGUCGAUUCUCCAUGGACACUUCCGGCAGCAAAAAGGACGAGAGUACUUCGGACGUUAGUGCCUCAUCGUCGUGCAGCAAUCUUUAUUAUUGUGAUUCGAAAAUCAAUCCAUUGGUGUUAGAUAAGGCUGAUUGCUACGUCAAUAAAACUGGCACACAAAUCGAUCACAAGAUCACCGAAAGUUCUACGAGUACGUGUCAGAUAUGACUACAGUUAUUUCUGUUAGAUAUUGUAUAUUUUGUUGUUUUUGAUGCCACAAACACCUUCACCACCGCCCAACACCGGCAAAAUGUAUUUAAAAAGUACCUCCGUUAUAAUGAUUUAUUAUUUUUAUGAUACAAAUAUUCAAGGCGAUUUGAAAAACAAAUAAUAAAAUCGAUUGUAGUAACUUUAAUCAAAAAAGUGUAUUAACAUUAAAAAAUAAAAAUAACAAAAAUUUUGUAUGUAUGUAAAUUAUCCCUUAUCUAGAAGAAUAUUUUUUUAAGCAAAAAACUAAAUGCAACUGUUAGAAUUUGUAUAUGCAAUUAAUUAGUGAUCUUUUCCGUUCGCUAAGUAUUGAAAUAUUCGCAGUUAAUAUUUUUGGUGAUAUAUUAAGAAGAAUUUAAAAUAAAUAAUUUAAUAAAAUUGUUUAUGAAAAGUA